CAAGGUUGGAUUCAGUGACGGAUCUGCACUUGGCAGUACAUCUUCAUAUACUGCGAGGGCUCGCUCAUUUUCGCCUCGUCCCUGCCUCGCAGGUUGACCACUCUCUGUACUCCUGAAAGACCAGCCGUAUUUCGCCAUGAAUGCUCUCGCUGUUCUCCUCCUGGCAGGCCAGGCGUCGGCCACUUACCUCUAUGUCGCGUCCUACUCCGGCUUCGUAUCGACGCUGAACCUCACCGAGACUGCGAGCGGCAUCGACCUCGACAUCAUUGCCCAGGACAACAACUGCGGUGCUAUUCCAUCGUGGCUCACCCUCAAGGACGAUGGAACAUUGAUCUGUGUCGACGAGGGCUGGCGAACCUGGCCAAGAGGCACGACAGCCAUCUACUCGACCAACGACGAUGGCUCACUCUCGCUGCUAAGUUCUGUCAAUGACGUACUAGUUGGUUCUGUCAGCACUGUCGUGUACGGUGAUGAUGACUCCCACUUCGCCAUUGCCCACUACGCCGGGUCAGGUAUCUCUGCUUGGGACAUUGCCGACCCUUCGGUCCCAUCCAUGAUCCAGCAGGAGAUUUACGACCUUGAACAGCCCGGAGCCGACCCUGUACGCCAGGAGGCCGCACACCCUCACGAGGUCAUCAAGGAUCCUACCGAAACGUACAUCUUGGCCCCCGACCUGGGCGCCGACAUUGUCCGCAUCUACUCGAUCGCCAGCGACGCUACACUGGAGCCUGUUGAGCCUCUCGAGGUCCCUGCUGGCAGUGGCCCGCGCCAUGCUGCCUUUGCCGUCAUCGACGACGCCACGUAUCUUUACAUUGUCAACGAGCUCGCCAACACGAUUCUGGCAUACACCGUCACAUACACCGAAAGCGGCAUGUCCUUUGACGAGAUCUAUCACAGCAGCAUCUAUGGCGAAGACGGCCAGGUCCCUGAUGGGGUCACCAGUGCUGAAAUCCUCGUCACGCCCGAUCAGAAGAACGUCAUCCUCUCCUCCCGCAUGGACAAGUCCUUUGAAAUCCCCGCCUUUGACGGAGACGGGUCAGUCACGUCCGAUACCUUGGCCAACUUUGCCAUCGACCAGUCGACCGGUGUGCCAGAACUUCUCCAGACGGUACCCGCCGGUGGCAUGCAGCCUCGCCAGUUCUCCACCAACGCCGAGGGCUCUCUGGUCACCGUUGGACUGCAAGGUGACGGUCGAGUAGUCGUUAUCGAGCGCGAUGUCGAGACGGGUAUGCUAGGCGACUUUGUGGCAUGGCUUGAUGUCGGGGGCGAAAUCAUGUGCGUGGUCUGGAAUGAGCUUUGAGAAGAGAUAGGGGGAAUAUGGAGUGCUGUCAGCGGGAUGCCGCAGUCGAGGGUGGUUCCAUAGACAGGUUAGCUACUCAGGGCUUCGGACGUAUGGAAACAGAGCACAAGCCUCAUUUCAGGUGGUCCAUUAUCCUCUGCUAGCAUCCCAGGCUCGAACGAUAUGCAUUGACCCUGCCUACUGUCGAGACAAAGA